CUCUCUAUAAAAAAACCGUGCGGCAUUCGUCCCUCAGAAAAUCUACUCCCCACCUCCCUUCUCCAAAGCUCCCGCUGUGCUUCUACCGUCCGAAACAGAGCAUGGCGAGUCCUGCGUUCUCUUGCCUCCUCCUCCUCGUGUCCAUCUUCGCUCUCGCAGAGUCGGGCUCGGUCGGACUGAACUGGGGCCGCGUAGCCAACGACCUCCCGCCGCCGGCGAAAGUGGUGGAGCUCCUGAAAUCGCAGGGCAUCACCCUGGUCAAGCUCUAUGACACCUACGACGGUGCCCUCACGGCCCUCGCUGGCUCCGGCAUAAGCGUUGUCGUCGCUCUCCCCAACGAGCAGCUCUCCUCCGCCGCCUCGGCCCAGUCGUUCACCGACUCGUGGGUCCAGUCCAACAUCUCCAAGUACUACCCCUCCACCAAGAUCGUCGCCAUCGCGGUCGGCAACGAGGUCUUCGCCGACCCCAACAACACCACUGAUUUCCUCGUGCCCGCCAUGAACAACGUCCACGCCUCCCUCGUCAAAUACAAUCUUUCCGACAUUUCCGUGUCUUCUCCGAUCGCGUUGAGCGCGCUCCAGACUUCGUACCCGACUUCCUCCGGGUCGUUCAAGUCGGAUCUCGUCGAGCCCGUGAUUAAGCCCAUGUUGGAGUUCCUUCGCAAGACCGGGUCGUACCUCAUGGUUAAUGUCUACCCGUUUUUCGCUUACACGGCCAAUUCGGAUCAGAUCUCGCUGGAUUACGCGCUGUUAAAGCAGAAUCCUGGCGUCGUGGAUUCCGGUAACGGAUUGAAGUACAACAGCCUCUUCGACGCCCAAGUCGACGCUGUCUACGCUGCCAUGUCUGCCCUCCAAUACAACGACCUCAAGCUGGUCGUGACGGAGACGGGCUGGCCGUCCAAGGGCGAUGCCAAUGAAGUCGGUGCGGGCACCCAGAAUGCGGCGGCGUAUAACGGGAACCUGGUGAGGCGGGCCCUGACGGGGACCGGGACGCCGUUGAGGCCGAACAACACCAUGGAUGUGUACUUGUUUGCACUUUUCAAUGAGAACCAGAAACCGGGUCCUACGUCAGAGCGGAACUACGGGCUGUUCUACCCGGACGAGCAGAAGGUUUACAGCAUACCGCUCACGUUGGAGCAGCUCGCGAGCGACCCGAACAACGCGAGCAAGGCCCAGGUCCCGACGGCCCCCAUGGGGCAGACGUGGUGCGUGGCCAACGGGAAAGCCGGGGCGAAGAAGCUGCAGGCGGCGCUGGACUACGCCUGCGGAAAGGGAGGGGCCGAUUGCCAACCCAUCCAACAGGGCUCCGCCUGUUACAAUCCGAACACAUUGGAAGCCCACGCUUCGUAUGCGUUCAAUAGCUACUACCAGAAGAAUGCUCGUGGGGCGGGGACGUGCAAUUUCGGCGGCGCAGCCUUCGUGGUGACGCAAGUCCCCGAAUACGGGGAGUGCGAUUUCCCCACGGGGUACUAGAAGGAGAGAGAUUCUUCUAACCAAGUCAAUAAACGACAGCGUUCGGUGGAGACUUGGCCAUGGAAUUGGGUGGCGGGGGCUUAGCUCAUUCCUCAUUCUUUUUCUUUAGACCUGGCCCAGUGGUUGAGAUGGGUAUUUAAUUUUUGUUUUGGGUCUGGAUAGUUAGGUCCUUUAUCUAUGGCUAUUUUAUUUCUUCUGCAGGAGGAUUAGGUUCACUUUCGUUCACCAGUUCCCUUGACUCUUCCACCGCCUGUAAUUAUUUAGCCUCCUUAUUGUAUUUUCCCCCCUGUUAUUAUAAUACAUUGGCGAUUGCUUGAUUACUGA